AUGGUGCAAAUCAGAAGCACGCUCAUACUUCUAACGGUAGUUUUACUAUCCUACUUUGGCAAGUGUGAUCAGCCUUGCAAUGCACGGGACCUUGGUAUAGAGGGGCGGUCCAUAGUUUGCGUGUGCAAUGCCCAGUACUGCGACACUGUUAGCCGGGAGGCGCCCGCCUCGGGCACGUUCGUCGCCUACACCACCAGCAAGUCGGGAAAACGUUUCGAGAAAAGUUACGGCAGCAUACAGACAGGGCUGCCCUUCGUGAAGGAAACCCAGAGUAAGGCACAAGAGAAGGUCACUCCGUACAUUCUGGACAAUAUCUGGGGAAUCUGGACAGAAGCAACGUUAGCCCUGAGUGCCGGUACCAGGUACCAGACCAUCGAGGGUUUCGGUGGCUCCGUCACCGAUGCCGCUGCAAUCAACUGGCGAAAACUUUCUGAUGCUGCACAAUCUCACUUUAUCAGAUCAUACUUCAGCAGCGAGGGUCUAGAGUACAACAUGAUUCGUGUGCCGAUAGGUGGCGCUGACUUCUCCACUCACCCCUACACUUACAACGAGCACCCCUGGCAUGAUGCUGCUCUCAGCAACUACACCUUGGCUGAUGAAGACUACUUCUAUAAGCUGCCCAUGAUAAAACAAAGCCAGUUGGUCUCAACGGACGAGAUCAAGAUCACGGCCAGCACGUGGUCUCCACCUGUGUGGAUGAAGACUAACGAGAGAAUCACCGGCUUCGCGCAGCUCAGGCCCGAAUAUUACCAGGCGUACGCGGACUACCACUUGAAAUUCAUCGAAGAAUACUCCAAAGCUGAGGUUCCCAUUUGGGCCAUCACCACCACAAACGAGCCCAUCAACGGUGUUGUGCCCUUCGUCGACUUCAAUUCUCUGGGAUGGUUUCCAUCAGAUUUGGGCCGUUGGAUAGCCAAUAACUUGGGACCCACCAUUAGAAACUCUCGCUUCAACAACACUCUCAUCUUGGCUGUCGAUGACCAAAGAUAUUUGUUACACAUCUAUCUCAAUGGUAUGCAACGCGGCGACCCUAAAUCGAUUGAUUACAUAGACGGUAUCGCCAUCCACUACUACGGCAACUUUGCCCCUGCCUCGCUGCUCACGAACAUCCAAAAUAGCUACCCUGACAAAAUCCUGCUGUCCACGGAAGCUUGUGAAGGCCCCAUGCCAUGGGAUGUAAUGAGGGUCAAAGUGGGGUCCUGGGAGCGUGCCCAGAGGUAUACGAGGAGCAUUAUGCAGGAUUUAAACAACUUCGUCGUCGGUUGGAUCGACUGGAACCUGUGUCUGGACGAAAAUGGCGGACCGAAUUGGGCAGACAACUUUGUUGACGCUCCUAUUCUUGUGUACGGAGACAAGGACGAGUUUAUCAAGCAACCCAUGUUCUACGCUAUGGGACAUUUCUCCAAAUUUAUACCUAGGGGAUCGAGAAGGAUCCAAGUGAACCAAAGAAGCUUGUUCUCUAUUGACAAUGUCGCUUUUAUUACGCCUGCAGGAAAUAUUGUUAUGGUUCUGCAUAAUAGAAACUCCUAUGACAUGACAGUGAGGAUUGCAACAGUGCUGAUUCGAUACAUUGACGUAACUGUUGAAGCAGAGUCUAUCAUGACGGUUGAGAUUAAUGAUGCAUGGGUAUCUACAAAUACUGUGAAUUAAACAUUUGCUGCGAGAAGCUUAUUUAUUAAAGUUAUUUAUUUUACUGAUA